UUCUCUAGCCGGGAAACGUACAAGCGCAACACUCGGGAAGUCACAGGCAUGACCAAAAUCACGUUUGAUUUGUAGCAGGAUGACUUGUCGAGUUGAAAGUGAAAAAAUAUUCUUAUUUGACGAACCAAUAAAACCCCUUGGAGGAGCAUUUUUUCUACAGUGGCGAGUUUCUAUCUGCGUCACGAUUGGUGCCACAAAAGUGACGUUUAUGACUGGCUCUUUGUACUUUUCUCCACAAAGUGGGUCAACAGCGUGUGCGCGCAUGCGUGCGCGCGCAUGCACGUUUUCCUCCGUUUAUAAGGCAAAAGGCGUGUGUGCAUCGUGAGCGGCUGCAUAUCGUCAUCAUUGUCUCUCAAAGGCAACCCUCAAGAGUGUGAAAAGAGGAACUCCCAGGGCCCAUUAAGUCGCGUUUCAACGCUUCCUUCUGCAGUCAAAUAUAUUCUCGUUCUUUUGUCGAGCCAGGACUCCAUCCAGCAUGCAAGCGCAGAUUUCCAUUCUGGAGAGGCAACGGCAAGAGCUGCUGACCAUCAAUGAGAAAUGGGCAAAAGAGUACAACAUCAUGGUGGCCUUCUACCAACAGGAGCUUCUGAGUCUCCGGGUAUCGCAACGAGAUCACAGCGACGUUGUGAAAGAGACAUACCAAACAAAACCAUGCAAGAGAGAAAAACUUCAGCCUGUCAACUCUGAACUCCACAAAGCUGUGACGGAAGCCGAAGAACUGCGGGCGCACAACCACGUUCUGACGAAAAAGGGUCAGCAACAGCUGGAGGAGAUCAGCCGGCUCAAUAAAGCUCUUGAGGAGAGACUCCAUCCGUUUCAGACAUUCGAGGAGAGUCGUGGAUCUGCAGAGGACCUCUGGAAACAUCAGGCGGAGGUGUUCAAGGAGGAUUUCCUGAAGGAGCGAGGAGACCGGGAGAAGCUCCAGUACAAAUACAUUGAGCUGCAGAAGAAGCUUAGCAAAGCCCGAGAUGAGCUGCACCUCCUUAAAUCGCAGGCCACUUGGACCCGCAUCCUGCACCCCGUGGUAGACUGCACUUGCAAGACGACCGCAGCCCCGCCAGCGUCCCAAAGGAGACGGCACCCAACGAGAGACAACUGAA